CCUCGGGCCGGCCUCGUCCUUUAGCCGGAGGCUCCCCCUCGUCCUCCGGCACCCUUCGCCCUCGGGGCCGCCGCCUCCUCCCUCCGGGGCAGCCCCUGGCCGAGCCCCUCCGCAGCCUGCGCCUUCCCCUUUCCUGGGCCCAGGGAAGAUCCCGGGGAGCUCCCGGGCCUGAGAGGCGGGGAGGGCCGACCCUCGACGGCGUCGCGGGGCAGCAGAGUGCCCGAUUCCAAACGGGCUUGGUCUCUUGGCAGAGCCUGGCGCGGAGCUCCCUCAGCCCAGAGGAAAAAAUGAAACAAGGGCCCAAACUCUCCUUAAAAGUGCCGCAGUCGCAAUGAAGCGGAUGUAGGCAACGGUUGCCUACCCCGAAAACGCACCGCGAUUCGCUUGCGAGGCAAAUAGAGGCGACUAGAAAAAGGAUCUCGAUGGAGGCGACGGGAUUAGGAGAUCAUACGCGGAGUGCGCUCGUGCCUUCCUGUCUCCAUGACAAUUCACAUAAAUGGAAUCGAAAAACUUCUUCCGUUUGACGGCCUUUGCUGCAAACGAAGCAACCCUCCAGGAAACCCAAGUCACUUUACUCCUUUCCUCAGAGUCCUGCCUGGAAUGGCGGAAGAUCAGGAGCCAGCCCAGCCACACAAGACUUCCCUGGAGCCCUUGACCAAGGAGUGUUCCAGCAACACCUACCGUAGCGCACAACACUCCCAGGCGUUGCUGAACGGCUUGGUAGCUCUCCGGGACAGCGGCAUCCUCUUUGAUGUUGUUCUGCGUGUGGAGGGGAAGCCUAUUGAGGCUCAUCGUAUCCUCCUGGCUGCAUCAUGCGAUUACUUCAGGGGAAUGUUUGCUGGCGGACUAAGAGAAAUGGAACAGGAGGAGAUCCGUAUUCAGGGUGUCUCUCAUAAUGCCAUGUGUAAAAUCCUGAACUUCAUUUACACCUCGGAACUGGAGGUUAGCCUAAACAACGUCCAGGAAAUACUCACGGCGGCCUGCCAACUUCAGAUCCCGGAGGUUAUCAAGUUCUGCUGCAACUUCCUUAUGUCCUGGGUGGAUGAGGAGAACAUCUUGGAUGUCUACAGGCUGGCUGACCUGUUUGACCUGAGUCAUCUGAGUGAGCAGCUGGACUCUUACCUUCUCAAAAACUUUGUCACUCUCUCAAAGACAGAAAUGUACCGCCAACUUCCCCUAGAAAAGGUCUAUGCCCUCCUCAACAGCAACUCCUUGGAGGUCAGCUCUGAGAAUGAAGUCUACGAAGGGGCCCUCCUCUACCAUUGCACGCCAGAGCAAGUGGAAACGGAUCAGGUCUGCCUGAUGGAACCUCCGAAGCUGCUGGAGACGGUCCGUUUUCCAUUGAUGAAGCUGCAGGUCCUGCAGAGGCUUCAUGACAAGCUACGCCCGUGUCCCUUAAAGGAGAUGGUGGCUGGCGCUCUGAUGUACCACAAGAACGAGGGCCUUCAGCCGGUGCUUCAGAACAUGCACACGCAGUUGAGGUCGGAGUUCUGCUGCGUGGUGGGCUUUGGGGGGAUGCACUCUGCACCAUCCACAGUUCUUAGUGGCCAAGCCAGGUACUUCAACCCACUGCUGGGAGCCUGGAGACCCCUCACCGCGGCCUGGUCCCCCAGGAUGUCCAACCAAGGAAUUGCUGUUUUCAACAACUUUGUCUACUUAAUUGGGGGAGAUAAUAACGUCCGAGGGUUUCGAGCAGAGUCCCGAUGUUGGAGGUAUGACCCACGACACAACAGGUGGUUCCAGAUCCAGCCCCUCCAACAAGAGCACGCGGACCUCUGCAUCUGUGUCGUGGGUGAGCACAUCUAUGCCGUGGCAGGACGGGACUACCACGAAGACCUGCGGGUGGUGGAAAGAUACGACCCCCAAACCGACACCUGGGAGUACGUGGCGCCUCUCAGGAAGGAGGUAUACGCACAUGCAGGAGCAGAGCUGGAAGGGAGGAUGUACAUCACCUGCGGGAGGCGAGGGGAGGACUAUCUGAAGGAGCUCCACUGCUACGAUCCUGCAGCCGAUCGCUGGGACAGCUUAGCGGACGGCCCUGUCAGGAGGGCCUGGCAUGGGAUGGCGGCGCUGCUGGGCAGGCUGUAUGUGAUUGGAGGGAGUAACAAUGACUCUGGCUACAGAAGGGAUGUCCACCAGGUUGCCUGCUAUUCCCCAAACACUUCUCAGUGGACAGCCGUCAGUCCUUUGCCUGCAGGGCAUGGCGAGCCUGGCAUCGCUGUCCUGGGUCACGUGAUCUACGUCUUGGGGGGCAGAUCCCAUAACCGGGGGAUCCGCAUGGACUAUGUCCACAUUUACGAUGCCGAGAGAGACUGCUGGGAAGAAGGUCCUCGGUUAGAGGAUGAUAUUUCUGGGAUGGCUGCCUGUGCCCUCACACUGCCCAGGGCUGCGAUCAUGAAUGCUGAGAGGACCCCUGAAUGGCAGCCAGACAGCUGGCUCCAGGAUCACUCAGACACUUCUUCAGAGGUCAUGAGUAUGUUAGAUUGGGAGGAAUUUGAUAAUCUGAGUGACAACUGAGUUGAAGUUCCUUCCCCUCCCCCUCCCCGGUGAGGAUGGCUCACAGGCCUCGUUUUGCUUCUUUUUGCUUCCUCCCCAGCCCCCACCACUGAGGCAGGUGGUGUGACUUUGGCCAAGCACCAUGCGUUUGCUCCUCAGCUCCACUCGCAGUGUGGGUGGAGGCAAUCUGGUCCCCUGGGCUGGUCUUGUUAGCCAACCCCAAGUGGGCCCAGAAACCAGCCAUUGUGAGAGGCUGGGUGGGCUCCUGACCGGGGCUGCUCACUCUGAUGCGCGUAGUGAAGGGCAUGUUGCACUUGUGACGUUGCUUGGUGCUCACCUCCUGAACCAGAGGAAACGAUUUUAGGAACAAUGGGGUGUAUCUUUGUUACCCGUCAAUCAAUAUUUAAAUAUUUGGUAACUUGAAGAAGCUUUCUGUAUACUAAGCUGCCUUCAACAAUUUUGCCAGCAGAGCAAAUGCAGCCCACCAGUGCUCACGUUUUUCUGUCCAAAAAGUGCCCCUUCUCCGUCCCCAGAACUGUGUCUUAACUUGCAGCACAGAUGGCAUAAGAGACCCUCAUUCAGCUAUUCCCUGAGCAUCACAUUUUCAGCCUGAAAUCAAUUCAUUUUAGCAAUGCCAAAACCAUGACAAUGCUUACCAAGAGGCAGAGCCACCUUCCUCUGCUGCCACCGCCUCCUUUGGUCGGCUGCCUUUCUUGGUCUGCUGGUGGCGGCUGCUGCCGCCGUCAGUCCAGUCCUGGUUGCUGCAUUCCUCUUCAUGCCCACAACUGCAGAGAAAAAUAGCCGCUUGUUGCAGGGAAAAGAGGUCCACUAUUAUUUCAGCCUUUUUUUUUAUCAAAAAGGUUUGUAUACUACAGCAUUUUCCCCAUGUGUGUGAAAUAGCCUUUGUAUCAACAUGUUGUGUGUUGGGAGGGGGGGCGGGGGAAGAACACACAGAACACCCCCAAGUAUUGUAAAAUGGGAUAUCACUCCAGUGAAAAUAAGGAGCUGUGAAAUGUCUGAAAAAGAGGGUGGGGGCAGGGGGAUGGACUAGCCCAAACAAAUCUUUUCAGUCUGACACCCUCCGCAGCCCUUUUGAGUCAGAGUGUUGAUUUUUCAGCUUUGCCCAUUUGUAAUUGUUUCCAUCUCCCCAAAGGGAGCGACAUGGGCUAUCUGGUGCAGCAGCUAAGCAUGUUUUGCCUGAAAACCAAAGAGUGGUCUCUUCUGCUCUAGUGUCUCUCUGCCAGCAGUUGUCCUCUGGUCUGUCCCAGCUGCCAACACCCCCCCCCCGGUGCUUCACUGCCUGGUUUCCUGCAAGGAAAGUUGAGUAACUUGUCACGGGUAUGCACUUCACUGCAGUGUUGUGUGGGCAGCCAUCUCUUUGUGGGUAAGCAUGCCAGUCUGUGGGUUCAAGUGUUAGGAUGGAGUGCCUGUUCAGAAGGGAAUCAUUUUGCUUUGCCCCUUAUUGUUUCUGUAACCCUUACGCUAGUUGCUUCUCUGGUGCUGGGCAAAGAGCAGCUCCUUAGAGGACACUAAAAUGACAUUAAAACGAAACCAGCUGCAGCCGAAGAUGCAGAAAUGCCCACAUAGCUGAAGUUGUCUUUUGGCAACUUUUGACAUUAUGCAACAGCCAUUUUGAGGAAGCUUUAAAAUAGCUGGGAUUGAACUGACGCUUCCUUGUCAGGAGUCAAUUAUGUAAAAAUGAUCAGGUGUAAUAUAUAUCAGAAGUUCCAAGUAACAUUGUAAUAUUUAUCGCUUGGUUGAUUUCAGGCUGUUUUCUGCAUAGCUCCCCUGGAUAAUAAAGUUAUGUUGGGCAGCUUCUACAGCAAACUCACUUGUUUUCUAUUUAAGAGUGGGGAGGGGGUAGCAGUAUAUGGAAAGAGUGGGAAGCCCUUUUAAGAGCCAAGAAAAUAUGGAAGAAAGGAGCAGGAAUGAAGACCCCAUGGGGCAUUGGGGGCCACUUGAAUUAUGGCAGGGGCACAUCUCUCUCCCCGUGUUCUAGAAGGAUAAAGGGGUGAGGGGGUUUGACCAAUUUGUGGAGGAGGGCAAGGCUCUCAGGGGCUACUAGCCAGGAUCAGAGGCAGGAACAGCAGCCAAGGGGGGAGGGCCCAGCGGGCCACUGCCUUCGUGCGUCUGGUAUGGGGCUUCCAGGGGAACAUCUGGUUGGCCACUGUGGGGAAAUUUGGAUCCCCCAAAAGAGGAAACGGGUGUCUGUCUGCUGAUGGCCUCCUCAGCAUCCCUUACUUAAUUGUUUAAGCAGCCGCCAAAAGCCCCAUAUUCUGGGGGAGCUCAAGCCUCUUGAGUAGCACCCGAAUCUGUCAGGACUUAGGGAUGGAAACAGAGGAAAGAGCUGCAGGGACGG